GUUUAAGGGAUCGGCUCCCCCGCCGUUCGUUCAUUUCUUGACUUAGUUCACUUGUCUGCUUUGCACCGCGUCUCGUGCGGGAAGUGGAAAAUUAUCUCUUUUUGGGUGUCUUGUUGGUUAGAUACAAAUACGUCUGACUGUGUCUGUGUCUGAUGGUUUCUGGGCAUCCCUGGAUUUGAUUUCCAUCCCUUCUUUCCUUCUAUUCUGCGUGGCGAUUGGGCUUACUAGGGGUCAUAUACGACUCUUAAUCUUAAGAAGCAUAAGGCUUCUUCUUCCUCUUCUUCGUAACCAUGCGCUUCACCAAGGAGGAAAAGACGACCACUGAGACCAACCAGGAGGUCUCUUAUUCCGACGAGUCCCAAAGCAAAGAAGUCACCUCUGGCCAUGGCGAUGGCAUCUUUUCCAGCUCAGACCAGUCGCAACUGAGUCUGGAAGCGCAAAACGAAAAAGAAGUGGAAACUCACCCUGACGAGGUCACCAAGGAUGCCCAGCUAGGUGUGCAGAAAGCUGAAGCGGCGGCCCUAGUCUGGAGCAAGCAGGCCGUAUAUGCUACUUAUGCUUGGAUCUGGGUGUGCUUCUUCCUUCUGGCCCUCAACAACUCCAUCAGCGGCACCGUCAUCAACCGCGCCUACGCCGACUUCAAAGCCGCCCCCCAAGUCAGCACAGCCAGCAUUCUCUACAGCAUCAUCGGUGGCGUGUUGAAGCUGCCGAUCGCGAAGACGUUGAACAUCUGGGGCCGUGCCGAGGGUCUAGUCGUGUGGGUGGUCAUCUACACCAUUGGAUUGAUUGUGCUGGCCGCGUGCGACGGACCGAAUUCCUAUGCCGCGGGCUAUGUCCUCUUCUAUGUGGGCUAUUCGGGUAUUUAUCUCGUGCUGGACGUUUAUAUUGCCGACACCUCGGGCUUGCAGAACCGGGCGUUUACGUUUGCGUUUGCUAGCACCCCGUUCAUCUGCACGGCGUUUACGGGGCCAUUGGCGGGUGAGUCGUUCCUCAAGGUGGCGACGUGGCGCUGGGCGUAUGGGGUGUUUGCUAUCGUUAUGCCGGUGGUGUUUGCGCCGUUGGUGGUGCUGUUGAAGUAUUAUCAGCGCAAGGCGGAGAGUAUGGGGUUGCUGAAGAAGGAGGAGAGUGGAAGGACGACGAUGCAGUCAAUUGUUCACUAUAUUCAUGAGUUUGAUUUAAUCGGCGCCUGUCUGCUCAUGGCCGCAUGGGUCCUGCUCCUUCUUCCCUUCAGUCUGCAACAGUACGGACGCGCGCAAUACAAGAGCGCCAAAUUCAUCGCCAUGGUCGUCAUUGGCUUCAUCUUGCUGUUUGUCUUUGCCGCGUGGGAGAAAUGGUUCACGCGGAAGCACUUUGUGCGGUACGAGCUGCUGCGACAGCGCACUGUGCUGGGAGCGUGCAUCAUGUCCGCGGUGUCCUAUUUCAGCUUCUACUGCUGGGACCUGUACUUCUAUGACUUUUGCAUCGUGGUGUUCAAUCUCAGCGUGUCAAUGACCGGCUACAUGACGCAGAUCUACAACGUGGGAUCAUGUUUCUGGGGCGUGGUCUUUGGCAUUUGGAUCCGCUACACCAAACACUUCAAGUACACUUGCUUGUGCUUCGGCCUGCCGCUGCUCUGUCUGGGCGCGGGUCUGAUGAUCCACUUCCGCGGCGAAGCCAGCAACGACAUCAACUACGUGAUCAUGUCGCAGAUCUUCAUUGCCUUUGGCGGCGGCACGAUCGUCAUUGGUGAUGAUAUGGCGGUGAUGGCUGCUGCGGAUCGCGAAGGUGUGCCUAUGAUGCUGUCGCUGUUGGGGCUGUUUUCGAGUCUGGGCGGCGCUAUUGGGUAUGCUGUUGCUGCGGCGGUGUAUACCAAUAUCUUUCCGCAGGCGUUGGAGAAUCGUCUUCCUGCGGAUUUGAAGGCGAAUGCGACGGAUAUCUAUCUGGGUGGGUAUACUGCACAGAUGGAGUAUCCAGUGGGAUCACCGACCAGGAAUGCGGUGGAUUAUGCUUGGGGAAGAAGUCAGAUGUAUGGGUCUGUUGCUGGGACGGCGAUUCUGGUGCUGGGAUUCCCGGCGAUUGCGGUUUGGAAGAAUUAUCGGGUUGAUAGGAAGCAGAACAAGGGUACGAUGAUUUAGUGGUGCUGAUAUAUCUGUGGGUGGGUAUUUGUGAGAGGAAUUUUGGGUGUUUUACUUUCCUACAAUUUCAUUAUUUUAACUUCAAUAAUAUCCUGUAUUAAUACUCAAGGUUCAAUCCUUUAUCCUCUGUCUGCAUCUAUCCCUGCGAUCCCUGCAUAACCCCGCUUGAAGUGCCUUA